AGGCUGCUAUCGAUUUCCGCUCUAUAAUACCUGUACAGCACUGCCACCUCGUCUUAUUCCCGGGGUCUCCUGCUCAGAGCGGAUCGUCGGAUCUUCUUUUUCCCGGAGUCUCCUCUACAUCUAUAGCUAAUAAUCGGACUUCGUCGCGCGAAUCCUCGCCGCCUCACUCUCAGACCAUGGCUGCAGUGACGGGGGAAUUCUCGGAGGUGGAGCACAAGGGUGUGGCUAUCCUUUACUUCAUCUUCGGAGUGAGCGGGGUACUGGCAAAUUCAUUCGUGCUCAAGACGUUUAUGAAGGAGUGUGUGCUGGUCUCCCCCAAGAACAUUCUGCAUAUAAACCUGGCGUUCUCCAAUAUCCUGGUAGUUCUUGGAUUUCCCUUCUCCGGUCUAUCAAGCUGGCAUGGAAAGUGGGUGUUUGGUAUUCGAGGAUGUCAGUUGUACGGGGUUGAGUCGUACACAGGCGGUAUGGCGUGUCCGGCGUUUAUCUUCACUUUGUGUUUGGAGCGGUACCUAGCCAAUCGACAACGACACAUCUAUGACACAAUGACGACAGGGACGUGGUGGCUGAUAGCGCUCGCUGUUUGGUUGCAUGCGAUCACGUGGGCUAUACUUCCGAUUUUAGGAUGGAACAGUUACUCCAUGGAAGCGUCGGGGGUCUCCUGUGGCCUGAGCUGGCUAAAACACGACUUCAACCACGCUUCGUUCAUCAUGGUCAUGACGAUAGAAUACGCCACCCUGUUCUUGUUGGCAAUACUCUUCCUAAGAUCCGCCAAAAGUUACGUGGACUCUCCAACAGUGCUGGAGGUCAACACGAAAAACUGGUUCACGGAAAAGCAGCUGGUCUGGAUAACGUUCGCCUUCCUGAUGAUAGCCGGUGUCGGCUGGGGACCGUACGGAUAUUUCGGGAUCUGGAGUCAGCGUACCAAGAUCACCAGUGUUUCUAUGCUUGCUGUCACAUUGCCGCCAUUAUUUGCCAAAGCUUCAGCCUCUUUAUACAUUGUCCCAUAUCUUGCAGCCAGCGACCAUUUCCGUGAAGCUAUCGUAGGAGGGGCCACACCAGUCAAAAAGGAUCAAUAAAUAUCCCUCUGCGUCUUUUUUCCUUUCCAAGUUUCCUUUUAUUAAGGGAUUGGGUGUCGUUGCUCGUCGUAGCGAGAUUUUUGUAUGAACCUACAUGUGGGUAUAUAUACAGAGGUUGUUGUGUGAAUAUAUAACUGUAUUCCUAUACUGCCCGUAAAAGAUAAUAGAAAGUGACCCUAAUGUAUAUCACCUAACGAAAUUAAGAAUAUUUAUGGUCAUAAUCAACGAUUUUUGUCAUUACUUCUAUUGUUUCAUAUCCUAUAGGAUUUGAUGUAUAAUGCAUAUACAUCGUCAUAAAUGCAUGCAUAAAUAAAACAGAAUAGUAAAGAAUCCAAAAGAGCUCUACAUGAACUGAUUUGUAACAUCCUCUCUCUCUCUCUCUCUCUCUCUCUCUCUCUCUCUCUCUCUCUCUCUCUCUCUCUGUAAUUAAAUACAACUGUUGAAACAAUACUAUCAGCCGUUUUUUAAGUACUAGUAUAUGUUUUGAACUUUGGUUUCAUUUUUGCACGACGAGUUUGCAAGGACAAAUGUCCAAUAUCUCCAUUUUUAUCGUUCUUCUCACCUCUCAGUUUGACCUCUCUGUGUUGGUUUUCUUUUAACACCCAAAACAUUUCCUUACUAAGAACUGCAUUAUCAGGCUGUACAUGGCUUUGCCAUUUGAUUUCCAUUUAAAACAAAAUGAGCAGUUACUACCAUGUUAGCGACGCGACAUUAUAAAAUCAUCGACACUAAGCCGAAUAUGUCUUUCCACCGCGGUAAAGGUUAUACUUUCAUUUGGUCAUGUAAAAGGGAAAGAAGGCAUCAUAUAGAAAUCAAAGUACUGACGGGAGAUGAUUUUAUCGAUUAUCAUUUAUUUUAAAAUCAACUUAUUUUGCAUGACAAUUAGUUUCUAGUCUGUAUUUGAAUUACGCACUUUUUUAUUAUAUGAAUUUUAGACUUUUCCGACAAGAAUUUCGAGAAACCCCAUAUGAAUCAUGUUGUGUAAAUUUAAAGAUAGAUUUCAAACUAUGUAUAUGUAAUCGAAGCAAUUCGAAAAAUUUUAUGGAUCCAAGCACUAUUGAUAUCGAACUCUAGUCUCGUUCAACCCGAUGCUCGGCUGUCUCCGUUAAUACGGAGACAGCCGAGCAUUUGGUCGAACGAGGCUAUAUUUAAACUCUGGCGUAGGAAUACAUGAGACUAUAAAAAUAUCUUAGUUGUUCGUAUUAUAUAAAAUCUGACUAUUUUCAAGGUGUUUAUUGAUAAGUUUCCUUGAAAAACAAUGCUUCAGCAUACAUUUCUUUGAAUUUUUCUAUUAUUUUCAUGAACUAAGUCUUGUCAGGGGUGAUGAUUUGCGCUUAGGUCAUAACACUGUUUCACUUUCGGUUUGCCAGAGUAACUGCAUAGAAGAGUUGAUUAAAAUCAACUCCCAAAAAUGAGUUCAUACCCCCCUCCCCCUUCCAAGAGGGUGAUUAAAAUAGGUACAGUCGUCGGAAGGAUAUACAAUAUGCAGGAUCUAGAUAUAGAUGGGAAAUUCUAUUCUUUGCAUUAGCUUUUGCAUUAACUGGCCUUGAACACAAGCAGAAUAUUGGCAAUAGCUCAUCCGAUGGAGAGAGAUGUUUCCACCAGACAAUUAUGAUUUGAUAAAAUCAUGCAUGCUCCUAGGCAGACUGUUCUUAUGUCUGCCCGUAAGUAAUCUAUUUUUCGCUUUGAAUUCGUGUAUUGAUAGGUUGUUAAUAAAAAGAAUUUUUCUAAUUGUAAAAUCGAGUCAAAACUAAGAGUCUUAUUUUUAGAACAGGCUUUACAUCAUAUGUAAGACGUAAAGAAGAUAAUUCAAGAUCGUACAUCGUGGUCAUUGUAAGAUGUCAUUAAAACGGAGUGUUUUUGUUGAAUAAAUAAAGAAAUUCAUAAGUUUUAA